UUAGCGUGGGAAGACACUACUUGCAUUGUAUCAUGUGGCGGGUGUGGUCAUUGUUCUCGGAUUGCUCCGUACAUCGACUGCCAGAGCGACAACAGAGGAGAACACAGCGCAGAGCAGUCGAAGCAAAGAGGCUGGGCAGUUGUGAAGACUUCCGUUCUCUGAUUUGUUCUAACCCCAAGUUAUGGAGUCUUUGAGUGAAGCAAAUUCUCAGUUCUCCCUGGACCUGUUUAAGAAGUUAAGUGAGACUAACAGGGGUGAUGUCUUCUUUUCACCAUUCAGCAUCUCCCCUGCUCUUGCUAUGGUUUAUUUAGGAGCGCGAGGUGACACUGCUGCACAGAUGGAGCAGGUGUUACAUUUCAGCAAAAUCAAAACCUCUGUUCACUCUGAAUUUAGCAACCAGCUCUCCAGUAUUAACAACAAGGAUUCAACAUCUACAAUACACCUAGCAAAUCGUUUAUUUGGAGAGAAGACAUUCCAACUUGCAAAAGAUUACCUUGAUGAAACUAGGAAGCUGUACCAUGCAGAACUUGAAGGUGUAGAUUUCAUCACUUCUUCAGAGUCGGCCAGGCAAAACAUCAAUUCUUGGGUGGAGAAACAGACAGAAGGAAAAAUUGUAAACCUGCUCUCAGAAGGAGCUAUAGACCCAAUGACUCGGCUUCUUCUUGUGAGUGCAACCUACUUCAAGGGAGACUGGCAAAAAAAGUUCAGAAUGGAUAAAACAAAAGAAGAGCAAUUCAGACUUAACAAGAAAGACACUAAGACUGUGAUGAUGAUGUACAAGAGUGCAAAAUUCAAUUAUGCUUUGUUGCCUGAUGUAAAUGCUCAAAUUAUUGAGCUGCCAUAUGCUGGUGAAGAUUUUAGCAUGUUUGUUCUGCUUCCUAAAGAUAUUGAAGAUGAAUCCACUGGACUUGAACAGAUUGAAAAACAACUUACUUAUGAAAACCUUAUGAAGUGGACCAGUAAGGAGAAUUUACAUUACACCAAAAUGGACUUGUAUUUGCCAAGAUUCAAGAUGGAGGAAACCUACAAUGUUAAAAAACAUCUGUCUAGUAUGGGUAUGAGAGAUGUCUUUCACGCCAGAGAAUGUGACCUGAGUGGAAUUUCCAGUGCUGAAGGUUUAUACGUGUCAGACGUGAUUCACAAGGCUUUUGUGGAAGUGAAUGAAGAAGGCACUGUUGCAGCUGCAGCUACUGCUGUGAAAUUCAAACUUCUGUGUUAUGUUUACCCAGUAGAGUUUAAAGCUGAUCAUCCAUUCAUAUUUUUUAUUAGGCACAACCCAUCAAAUUCCAUUCUUUUCUUUGGAAAAGCUUGCUCUCCGUAAACAACUACAGCUACUGUACAUUCCAAUAAUUUUCUAAUUUUAUUAGUGCUGUAAUGCUGGCACAAUAAGUUCCUUUUGUUUUAAAGUUUUUCCAAGGUUAUAUUAUUGUUUCUAUCUCACUGUUCCUGUCAAAACCAUCACUACUUAACAAUACUGAAAACAAUUUGUUCAGUUCUUGAACAAUCCAAAAAAUACAUUUUCGUAAAUUCUGCUAAAAAUAUUUCUGGAAACUGUUUAAAAGCAAAAAGCAAUUCAGGUAGAGAUGGGUUUAUUGAUUAGAUCAUAUACUGCAGUCAA